CGCCUCCAGGAAAAGAAAUUAAAUGCACACACACAGAGGCACACAGGGACGGCCGAUUUGAAAAUAUUCCUGAGAACGCAAUUUGCGCUCAUGCGGCACAGCGUCACAUGGAAGAGGUCGCCUGAAGAGCUGGCUGGCACAGGUUUAUUUUGUUGUAGUAUUUUCUUCCACCCCCCAGCUCUUUACCCAGUGGAAUGAUAUCCAGAGCGAGUUUUUUGAGACAGGAAGUGAGGAAUGUUUUCACUAUGAGUGAUCUGAGAAGAAGGUGGGUUAGCCGAGAUAGCAGCUGUUUCGGACAAGAGGAACACAGUAACUCAGUUCCCGGGGAACACAGAUGAGAUGGCUCCGGGAGAAGAAGUCUGGGAGCGCUGGGGGUUUUUGUCGGCUGCACAUAUGUGAAAGGAGACCCGGUGUCUUUGGAUCGCUGUGCAAGAACUCCAGUGGAUGUAUCUUCUUGUCUCUUGGUGGAAAACUUUCUUGGCUUUAAUGGAUACUGCUGCUGCUGGUUGAUCUCUGGAGACUUUACAGCUCCUUACCUUUUGAGAGGAGGUGACUUCUAGUCACCUCUCACGGUCUCAGUGGUAGUAGCUCUUUAUCACUAACCAUCUCUGGGGGAAAAAGAAGAUGCCUCUACCUUUUGGGUUGAAAUUGAAACGAACUCGACGUUACACAGUAUCCAGCAAGAGUUGCUUGGUGGCUCGUAUCCAGCUGCUCAACAAUGAAUUUGUGGAGUUCACACUGUCGGUGGAAAGCACGGGCCAGGAAAGUCUGGAAGCCGUGGCUCAGAGGCUUGAAUUGCGGGAGAUUACAUAUUUCAGUCUCUGGUAUUAUAAUAAGCAGAGUCAACGCAGAUGGGUAGAUUUGGACAAGCCUCUGAAAAAGCAGCUGGACAAAUAUGCCUUGGAGCCAACCGUGUAUUUUGGAGUAGUGUUCUAUGUGCCUACUGUUUCUCAGCUUCAGCAGGAGAUUACCAGGUAUCAGUAUUACUUGCAAUUAAAGAAAGAUAUCUUGGAGGGCAGCAUUCCUUGCACACUGGAACAAGCAAUACAUCUGGCUGGUUUGGCAGUUCAGGCGGAUUUUGGAGACUAUGAUCGGUAUGAAUCUCAGGAGUUUCUACAAAGAUUUGCUUUGUUUCCAGUGGGUUGGCUACAAGAGGAAAAAAUACUGGAAGAAGCAACACAGAAAGUUGCCUUGCUACAUCAGAAGUACAGAGGCCUUACUCCUCCUGAUGCAGAAAUGUUAUAUAUGCAAGAAGUAGAAAGAAUGGAGGGCUAUGGUGAAGAGACCUAUCCUGCAAAGGACAGCCAAGGAAGUGACAUAUUCAUUGGAGCAUGUCUUGAUGGUAUCUUUGUGAAACACAAAAAUGGUCGUCCUCCUGUUGUAUUUAGGUGGCAUGAUAUUGCCAACAUGUCCCACAAUAAAUCCUUUUUUGCAUUAGAAUUGGCAAACAAAGAAGAGACAAUUCAGUUCCAAACAGAAGAUAUGGAAACAGCAAAAUAUGUGUGGAGGAUGUGUGUGGCUAGACACAAAUUUUACAGACUAAAUAAAUGCAGCCUAGACUCCUUGGACUCUCCACCUGAGGAGGGCUCUCAGAAAUCUUCCCUCAUUCUUUCCCUUCCACGCUUUCCAAUCCUUUCUCGUCCUUCACUUCCCAAAGGACAAACUCAGCCUGUUACAGUGAAUCCUGUUAGAAGACGAUCUUCAUCCAGGAUGUCCAUGCCCAAGCCUCAGCCUUAUAUGAUGCCUCCACCGCCUCAGCUGCAUUACAAUGGUCAUUAUAGUGAACCAUAUGCAUCUUCCCAAGAUAACCUCUUUGUCAGCAAUCAGAAUGGAUACUACUGUCACUCUCAGACUAGCUUGGAUAGAACCCCUCAUGACUACAGUGGUCGGAUCCGCAAUGGGAGUGUCUAUAGUGCUCACAGCACAAACUCCUUGAACAAUCCACAGCAUUACUUACAGCCAUCCCCCAUGUCCUCUAACCCGAGCAUUACUGGAAGUGAUGUCCUCAGAACUGAUUAUGUCCCAUCACACAGACAUAGUGCACUAAUACCGCCUUCUUAUCGUCCCACACCAGACUAUGAGACUGUGAUGAGACAGCUCAACAGGGGCAUGGUGCACACAGACAGGCAGAGUCAUUCAAUGAGAAAUCUUAACAUCAGCAACUCAUAUGCUUACAGCAGGCCUGAUGCCUUAGUUUACAGUCAGCCUGAAAUUCGAGAGCACGCCCACUUUGCUGCCCCACAGUCUAACCAUUAUCCAUUUAACCUGAACUACAGCUUCCAUAGCCAAUGCCCCUAUCCCUAUCCUGCUGAAAAGCGCCCAGUUGUUGGGGCAGUCAGUGUGCCUGAGUUGACAAAUGUGCAGCUCCAGUCUCAGGAUUACCCGGCACCGAACAUAAUGAAGACUCAAGUCUAUCGCCCACCUCCCCCAUACCCGUACCCAAGACCUGCAAAUAGUACUCCAGACCUUUCACGACACAUCUACAUCAGCAGCAGCAACCCAGAUCUUAUCACAAGGCGAGUGCACCAUUCUGUCCAGACAUUUCAGGAAGACAGCCUGCCUGUGGCACAUUCUCUUCAGGAGGUCAGUGAACCUCUAACAUCGGCACGCCAUGCUCAGCUGCAGAAAAGGAACAGUAUUGAAAUAGCAGGCUUGACUCCCAGCUUUGAAGGAAUAAGAAUUAAAGAGAGGACCAUGUCAGCUUCUGCAGCAGAUGUGGCUCUUCCAAGAGUUAUCUCAGAAGGGUCGCAGCCCAACAUUCUGAUGGAGAGAACGAAGCAAAAGGAAGGUGAGCAAGAAGAAUGUGUGAACUGUGAUCACAAGAAAACCCUUUCAGAUGCCACUAUGCUGAUUCACAGUAGUGAGGAAGAAGAAGAAUUUGAAGAAGAGAAUAAGGCCAGUACGAGUCUUGCUCCUCUCCCUGAAGAUCAAACCCAACUUUCAUCUGUUAUGGGAAGUUAUUCUCAUGAUUCAGUACUAAACUACCCUUACAGCUCUGUUGCUUCAUCUGCUGGCCCUUUGCACAUUCUUGAGCCUAAAUUACAUAUCACAGAGGCAGAAAAGAGGAUGAAAGAUAUGAGCCCUGUUCAUUUACUAGUAGAAAGCCAGGCACAGAGAAGAGGGGAAGGACUGCUUACUCCAUCUAUGUCAGAAUCUGAUCUUACAACAUCAGGGAGAUACAGAGUAAGGAAAGAUUCAGUAAAGAAGAGACCCGUGUCCGAUCUUUUGUCUGGGAAGAAGAAUAUUGUGGAAGGCCUUCCCCCUCUAGGUGGUAUGAAAAAGAAUAAAAACGAUGCAAAAAAAAUGGGGCCUCUGAAGCUAGCAGCCCUUAAUGGACUGGCAUUGACUAGAAUGCCUCUGCCAGAUGAGGGGAAGGAAGAAUCAACAAGAGCAACAAAUGAUGAACGAUGUAGAAUUCUGGAGCAGCGGCUGGAGCAGGGGAUGGUGUUCACUGAAUACGAGCGCAUUCAGAAGAAAAGGCUGAUAGAUGGCGAAUGCUCAAUUGCUCGGCUGCCUGAAAAUGCUGAGAGAAACCGGUUCCAGGACGUCCUUCCUUAUGAUGAUACCAGGGUAGAGCUGGUCCCAACCAAAGAAAAUAACACUGGUUACAUCAAUGCAUCUCAUAUCAAGAUCUCUGUUGGUGGCAUAGAGUGGGAUUACAUUGCCACGCAGGGCCCUUUGCAAAAUACAUGUCAGGAUUUCUGGCAGAUGAUCUGGGAGCAAGGGAUUGCAAUCAUAGCUAUGGUGACAGCAGAGGAAGAAAGCGGGAGAGAGAAAAGCUUCAGAUACUGGCCACGCCUUGGUUCAAGACACAACACUGUGACAUAUGGAAGGUUUAAGAUUACCACACGGUUCCGUACCGACUCAGGCUGCUAUGCAACUACAGGUUUGAAGAUUAAACAUCUUCUCACAGGACAGGAGAGGACGGUUUGGCAUCUGCAGUAUACUGACUGGCCAGAGCAUGGCUGUCCAGAAGAUUUAAAGGGAUUUUUAUCGUACCUGGAGGAGAUACAGUCGGUGCGGCGCCAUACGAACAGCACAGCAGACCCUAAAAGCUCCAAUCCUCCCCUCCUGGUGCACUGCAGCGCGGGCGUGGGCCGGACGGGAGUGGUCAUACUGGCAGAGAUCAUGAUCGCGUGCUUGGAACACAAUGAGAUGCUGGACAUCCCACGAGUGCUGGAUAUGUUGAGGCAGCAGAGAAUGAUGAUGGUGCAAACUCUUUCACAGUACACUUUUGUCUAUGGAGUUCUCAUUCAGUUUCUCAAAAGUUCUAGACUUAUCUAACCCCUGCCACUUCCUAAGAGACUACAAGAGUUUACAGAAAGAAAGUCAGAGUUGUCCAGACCUGCUGUCACUGAUGUUCACAUGAUGAAUCAGAGUUACCAUUUAGGGCUGCCGUGUGACUAUUAAAUUCGAGUCCAUGUAACAGUCCCUGCACAGCAGGAUCUUCGCUGGACUGAAUUCUUCCCAUGUUCAGCCACAGUCACAUUAAGGAAUGAUUUUAAUUGUACUGCUCCAUAGGACUUGCACACGUUCUUUAGAGUGGUGUUACUCUGAGUAAAAUAAGAAUCUUGUGGAAUGGAGGUAUAUAGUACAAUUUCACUAACAUUAUGUUUUGAAACAUCAUUGCUGACUGUGCAAAAGCCAAAAUCUGUAGGUGCACAUGGGGUCAGAAACCUGCCCCUUGGGAAUGUCAAGGUCUUACGCAGUUUGAUUCUGCUUUCAAUUUUAUAUUUAGAACAAUACAUCUAUAUUUUUUAAAAUGAACAUUUGGUUUCCUCUGGUUUACUUAGCAAAAUUAGCAGCUCUUAGAUAUUUUAAGCUGUUGCUUUAAGGACAGUUAUUUUUAUAAUUGGGAUUUGUAAAUUAAAAAGAAAACAAACCACCACGACAGAAAAAUUUUUAAACAUAACAAUACUUUCAGAGGAAAAGACUGACAAUAUGUGAAUCAACUUUUCAGAAAUCAUGCAGAAAUUCCUAGGGAAGCUGUUGGCUAUUAGUUGUAGUGCCAUGUAAUAGAACAGACAAGUGAAAGAUAAUGGUAACUGCUGAUAACUUUCAUUUGAGAGGAGGCAUGUUUACCUGUAAUGGGCAGGGGAAAAAUACUGUAAGUAUCUACAAGGUUAUUGGAAACAAAUGGAUGUGAGAAAGUACAUAUUCAGUAUUAUUCAUAUAUUUAGAGGACAGUUUGAUUUUACUGGCUGAAAUCAAAGUGGAUGCAAAUGUUUUAAGCACUUUUUUUUUCUCUGUUAUUUAUGUAGCUAAAUAUAGAGACUAUAAUCAUGCAUUGUUUCAUUACUAACCUGUUAUUUUAAGAAGAGCUUUUUAAGUUGAUGAAGUGAGAGAACCAAAAUGGGAGUAGGAAGGUGCAGAGUGGUGAAGUGGAAAUGAUUGUAUGAAGUGUAAUGGAGGAGGUGUGGCAGCUAUGAUUGCUGGUUUACACAGUGCAAAGAUGAACUUAAAAAAAUGUUAAUGUUCCCAGCCAAGAAAGCCAGCAAAGCACUGGAAGUUUCUGCAGAAUCCUCCAGAAUAUUUUGUUAGUGCUAGAGCAGAUUUUGCUAGUGUUGUGCAGUGUUGCAACGAAGAACAUUUGAGAACUUGCAGAAGAAGAGCUCUUAAAGGAAACACUGGAGAUGUGGGUAAUUUAGUAGUGUGUAGGUGGCUGAGUCAGUGGCUGUGGCACAGACCUGAAGUAGGCAGGUACAGCCUACUGCAGUUUCCAUUUUGUCCCCUGGGGCUGCUCAAAUGACGAUAUCCCUAAAUAAUCUGUGGUUUUCAGUGGGAACAGCAUGGUUUUAGCUGCCUUUCCAAGUGUUUUGAGAUGCUGAGUUGAAAAUCCCUAUUGAGCUAUAGUUUUUAGAUAUUUGGUUUAAUUU